CCCAGGUGGCGCAUGUUGAUCGGAUACGUGGCCAUAUAGGAGCACACUGUGUGCAUCUUUGCGCUUUUAAAAGGGUUGAGGAACCCGCAUCCGAGAAUAGUGUUGCCUGUUAGAAAGUAGGUCGAUAGGAACUGAGAGCGACGUUUGUUUCCACGCUUUUGUCUGUGUUCUUUGUUGUUUAGCGAGGACUGUGGGUUUUUUUUUUCAUCAGCCGAGUGAAGAGCAUUUUACGCACAGGUGGGAGAUACCCGCUCAGCGUACUGUAGGACAGCCCCCCUCCGCUCCUCAGCGGAUGAUGUGAGGAAGUGACAUUUUUCACCGCUGCGGUUCGGGACAGCACUGCUCCGCUGCAAACAGGUGUGCUACCGUCCGGGUCACUUUUGCUGGGGAAACCACAGAGCGGCAGCGUCCCAAAACCGGAACCACCGGAGCAUCCUUGACGCGGGACAGCGGGGACCAGAGGAGGAGAAUCAACCCGGUCAAGUCUUUAUUAGCCUGGGCUGUUUUAACGGGUUCAGACAGAGAGAGGGAGAGAGUGUGAAAGAGAGAGUGAGAGAGGGAGAGAGGGAGCGAUGGCAACGAAAAAGGCGUGCGUGGAUGCGCCCAAAAGGAGCCGGAGUCCGGUCGUGUUGGAGGCGGAGAUGUUCAGUGAAUUUCAGGACUGGUGUCUCCGGACUUAUGGAGACUCCGGUAAAACAAAGACCGUCACCCGGCGAAAAUAUAACAAAAUCAUGCAGACACUGUUGCAGAACGACGAGUCGGAUGGCGUUUAUAUCGACAACAGCCACAUCAACGCCAAAUUCAAAUUUUGGGUGAAGUCUAAAGGAUUUCAGGUCGGGACCAACGUGCUGGGAGAGCACAACAAGAAAGGAGCUCCGGGGAAACCCGUCCUAUAUGUCCCGGUCAAGACAACGUGCUCAGAUGGGAAUUCAGCCCAAGAUAACUCCUCCCUGAAGCGUGUAGCUGUGGUAGAAGACUUCUUUGACAUCAUCUAUGCCAUGCAUGUGGAGAUGGGCGCCGACCCAGGGAGAGCACCCAAACACGCGGGCCAAAAGAAGACCUACAAAGCGAUAGCAGAGACCUACGCCUUCCUGCCCAGAGAGGCGGUCACUCGGUUCCUAAUGAGCUGUGGAGAGUGUCAGAAGAGGAUGCAUAUCAACCCCAGCACCGCAGAGUUCAAAGAAAAUGACAGACCCACCUCACUGGUCCCAGACCUCAUUGAUUACAACAUGCCUCUUACUGCCACCUACCUGAAACAAAUGAAGCUGCAGUGCAUGACUGCCACUGAAAGGGAUGACAGUUCGGUGAGCAGCGAGGACAUGAACGGCGUUGAGCCUACAUGGGUCGCAGCUGAGCAGCCCCCAGUGCCUGAGCCCAGUCAACCUAACGGAGAGAGAGUCAGCAACCCAGCCAACGCCAUUAAAGAAGAGGACGAUGACGACUCCUCAGAGAGUGGCAGUGCCAACGGGCUGCCGGCCCCGACCUCCCCGGAGGUGAUGGCUGUGGGUGGGAACCCCCCAGAUGGUGGGGCCCCUUACGGGGAGGUGACAGAGAAUGGGCUGAGCGCUCCCCUGGACUUCAGCACCACCUCGCCCUCAUCCUCCUCAGAGGAUCAGCAGCCGGUCAAUCUGAGUGACAGACUGCUGCCGGCGGGGAGCUCGCCGCCAAACUCUUACCCUGCAGACCCCAACAGGAAGUACCCCAUCAAAACAGAGUACACCAACAAGUCCCCUCCUUACAGCUCAGGAAGCUAUGACUCUGUGAAAACUGAACUGAGCAUGAGCGCUGAGGACUUGACCUCUGGUCGGGCACAGAUAAUUGACGACGACGACGACGAUCACGAUGACCAUGAUGACAGUGACAAGAUCAAUGACGCCGAGGGUAUGGACCCUGAGAGACUCAAAGCCUUCAAUAUGUUUGUGCGUCUGUUUGUGGAUGAGAAUCUGGACCGCAUGGUGCCCAUCUCCAAACAGCCCAAGGAGAAGAUCCAGGCAAUCAUCGAGUCCUGUAGCCGCCAGUUCCCAGAAUUCCAGGAGCGCUCCCGCAAGCGCAUCCGCACCUACCUCAAAUCCUGCCGCCGUAUGAAAAAGGGCGGUUUUGAGAUACGACCAACACCUCCUCACCUCACCUCUGCCAUGGCUGAGAACAUCCUCGCUGCUGCCUGCGAGAACGAAACCCGAAAUGCUGCCAAGAGGAUGCGGCUCGAUGUCUACCAAGCGGAUGAACCUGCCUCUGCUGACAAGUCCAACUCAAGGGACCCGGCCUCUGUGGCUCCGUCAGGGUUCACCAUCUCCAGCGCAGCUUUUGCCCAAGACCAGCUCUACACCAACGGAGGCCUCAACUACAACAUGCGGGGAUACGGGACCGUCGGCAGCAACCAGCCAAACUCUGGAGCUGCUCAGACCAAUGGUCCCACAGAUCUUAGUAUGAAGUCAGUCGGCCCACACUCCACCUCCUCCAGCGCCAACAGUCACGGUCAGGGAGGCGGCGGCGGUGGAGCUUCGGCGCAGCUCAGCCCUCCAGAGGUCACGGCGGUGAGGCAGCUCAUUGCAGGAUACCGGGAGUCCGCAGCCUUCUUGCUCCGCUCAGCAGACGAGCUGGAAAACCUGAUCUUGCAGCAGAACUGAGUCCGAGCCAAACCUUCUCCUAGCCUGUCCAUCUCUGUCGCCCUCAGUCACACAUAACUGGGCGGACUUUCAUACAAAGACACACGAGUGAUACCGCAGUGCACAGUGGGUCCUGUAGGUACAGUACCUUUACUUAUUCCCACGUGUUCAUGUAUUUGGAUGGGCCAGAACAUAUCACAGGCUGAAAAAUGUUUAUUUAUGCAUUUGGUUCACUUUGACCUUAGUGCCCUGUUAUCUGUAGCCAUUCAUCCCAUUCAGUUAAUUUUACCACUUCAACCUCCAUUCGUCUCAGGAAGCGACGAUCUAUGUGAAAGAAUUAUCUGCAGUGGUGCACAGGACCUUCAAUUAGCUGUGACCGUAAUGCCACAUCAGCUCCUUUAUGCAGAUGUUUGGACAAAUUAAAUAGCAGUGAUUUAGUAUCAUGACCUUGUGUCUAAUCCUACAAAAAUGUAAAAUAUGCUGUACAGUGGCACGAUCUGAUCAGGUCGUCUGAAUCAAAUCAUUUCUAAACGAUAACUCGAAUUUACUUCUGUCUCAUGGAAAAUUUCUAAAAAUACACAGAUGAAUCGCUGCUAAAUCCACUGACCUGUCAACCUCAACAGCUACUAAAGGAUGAGCUGAUUUAAAGGUAUACUAUGCAGGCUUUUCAUUAAAAACAAUGUAUAGAUUCAUACAAAACUUAGAGUUACAGUCAACAGCUGCCUUUCCACAACCGUGCCAAACUCUGUCGAGCUAGAGCAUGCAAGGGCCAAUUUUGUUUAAUUUCUCUUUCUCUCUUUAACAUCACUUCCAGACUUAGAUUGCGCCUCGGGCAGGGGUUAGUUUCCAGGUGUUAAUGGCCUUGGUGUACCUCGUAUUUUCAAAAGAUAUGUGAAAUCAGCCAAAUUACAAGUUUUUCUUUAGGUGUUGUACAAAGUCGUACUUUUAGAUUUAGGCAUCAUCUGUGUAAAGGGACACAGAUCUGCUAUAUUUAGAAAUAGUCAGUCGUGUUUGAGGGUAAUACUGUUUUGUAGUAGAAACGAUAGUUCCAACAAUAAGUUCCAAUUGCAUUUGCAGCGAUAUCUGCAGAGACCCUGCCUGUAUUUUCUCUUGUCUUUUCAUUUUGCUGUGUUCAGGGCAUUUCUUGAUGUCAUCCCUUGGCACAAACUUAUAAAAAUAUUAGACACAGCACCAAUAAACUCUUAUAUUGUGAGAUUAAACACCAAGUGGACAAAGCUUGUUCCAAAAACAAGAGUGAAUCUGGGGUGUGCUUCCACUUUUGUUAAGCCAGGGUUAAAGUUGUUUGAAUGUUGUGUUUACAAAUAGUAAGUGACAAUUCCUGCAUAGUAUGCCUUUAAAUAAAAAAACAUGUACAGAAGGGAAAAGAAAAAAACAGGGCAGUGUUUGACAGUUUUCACCUGAAAAGUUUUACCAACAGUUUCGUCAAAACUAUACCUCGGUCCUGUUCCGUUGGAGUGGUUUCCAGAUUCUGCGGCAUGUGUUUACUAAAACUCAUUACCCGACGUGACUUUAUUUUGAGUUAUUUUAUUAUGAAUAUUUCUAUCACAGGCAAGUUCUCAUUAUUUAAAAGGUAGGAGGCUUUUAAGAAGCCUGGGUAUGCAAAUUGAGGUCGCAGACACCUGUCAGGGAAUAAAGGAGAUUAAUAUAUUGUUUAAACUUUUGGUUUAUAACCAGUGCUACUGGAAAAGAGGAAAAAGGUGCAAUAUUGAAGAUAAUCAGUAAUGGUGUGCUUACUGAAAUGACUCUGUCAGACUUGCUGAAGCAUUUUAAAGCAAAAAGGCGGAGUACUUAACCACAAUCUCCUCCCGCUGUAACUGUUAAGUUGUAAAAAAAAAAAGAAAUGAUAUCCCAUGCAGCAUUGUAGCCAAUUUCAAUGUUGUUGUUUGUUGUGAAAACUGAUCUUUAUCGCUAACCUCAUAACUGAGGCACUUUCAUGUGUUGGGAUCAGUCAUAGUGAUAAAAGGAAAUGGGACCUGGCAGAAAAAUGAGACUUAAUGUUGCACGUCUAUUUUUAUUUAA